AAAGAUGGGAAGGGCAAAGAGCUGGAUUCACAUGGGUAUUGUCGUAACUGGGGUCUUCCCCUUUUCUCUCUCCUCGGCUAACUCCAUUUUCAUGCUUUUCUGAAAACACUCUUUUCCCUCUUUUUCUCUCUCCUCUUCUUCUCUCCAGCUUCCAUGGCUGACGAUAAGGAGCUGUCUUCUACAGUGGUAGACAGCAACGGUGCUGUUACUGGACACAUUAUUUCGACGACAAUCGGUGGUAAAAAUGGCGAACCUAAACAGACCAUCAGUUACAUGGCAGAAAGAGUUGUGGGCACUGGAUCUUUUGGAAUUGUAUUUCAGGCAAAAUGCUUGGAAACCGGAGAGACAGUAGCAAUUAAGAAGGUGCUGCAAGAUAGAAGGUAUAAGAACCGUGAGUUGCAGUUGAUGCGAGUGUUGGACCAUCCGAAUGUGAUUUCGCUCAAGCACUGUUUCUUCUCAACCACUAGUAAAGAUGAGCUUUUCCUCAACUUGGUGAUGGAGUAUGUCCCAGAGACCAUGUAUCGGGUUUUGAAACACUAUAGUAGUGCUAGCCAAAGAAUGCCACUGCUCUACAUAAAAUUGUACACAUAUCAGAUCUUUAGAGGUUUGGCUUAUCUGCACAACGUUCCUGGAGUUUGCCAUAGAGAUUUGAAGCCUCAAAAUGUCUUGGUUGAUCCCCUAACUCACCAAGUGAAAAUAUGCGAUUUCGGAAGUGCCAAAGUCCUUGUCAAGGGUGAAGCCAACAUCUCAUACAUUUGCUCUCGGUUCUAUCGAGCUCCUGAGCUUAUUUUUGGUGCCACUGAGUAUACAUCCUCAAUUGAUAUAUGGUCUGCUGGCUGUGUUCUCGCUGAACUUUUGCUGGGUCAGCCAUUAUUUCCAGGGGAGAACGCGGUUGAUCAGCUUGUUGAGAUCAUCAAGGUUCUUGGUACACCUACACGGGAAGAAAUACGAUGCAUGAAUCCAAAUUAUUCUGAUUUCAGGUUUCCACAGAUUAAAGCAACUCCAUGGCACAAGGUUUUCCACAAACGCAUGCCUCCAGAGGCCAUUGAUCUGACUUCAAGGCUGCUUCAGUACUCACCUAGUUUACGUUGCACUGCUUUGGAAGCAUGUGCACAUCCUUUCUUUGAUGAACUUCGGGAACCAAAUGCUCGCCUACCUAAUGGUCGUUCAUUGCCUCCUCUCUUCAAUUAUAAACAGGAACUUUCUGGAGCUUCAUCAGAUCUAAUCAACAAAUUGAUUCCAGAGCACGUGAGGCGACAGCAUGGUCAUAAUAUGAUGCAUCCAACAGGGACAUAAACAUCAAAAAUAGCACAUACAGAUGUUUUUUAGCUGGUUGAUGAGUGAGAUCCCUGUGGAAUACCAUGAUCAAGAUCAAGUCUCAAUGUGUAGAGGCAAUCCUAUAUAAUUUUCUCAGCCAGAACGAGUGAGCAAUCUAUUUGCUGGACUGCCUCUGCCUGGUUUACUCGUCGCUCAAUUGUUCUCACUGCCAACGUGCUUUUUUGUCUGUAAAUUGUUGAUAGAAAGGUCAAUCUGAUAAUGUACUCAUUCUAAGUUAGUAGAGGAGGUUGUAAUUGUUUACGGUUGAUUAGGAAAGACCGCUGAAGAGCGGCGGAGACAGAAAGUGUAGUUGAUGGGUGUAUCAUGUAUGAUCUGUAUUAUGUUUCCUCUGUAUGUUAUCUUGUAGUUUCUCUAUUUUAUUGCACAAGAUUGUUCUCUGUUAUUAUCAUGUAGUUUCUCUAUGUUCGCUAUUAUAUAUAUAUAUAUUAUCUUUUGUACCUUGGACA